AGCACUGACCGUCUGGGGCUUAGAGGAACCGAACGCAGGUGGAUCAGAGGACGCUGAUGUGCAACAACUAUUCCCAACUACUGCCGCUCUCGCUCCGCCUGCAAGCACGUCCUCCUAACUUCUGCCAUGGAAUAGCUUCCUGUUCCAGUUCGCCUCUGAUCUGCGAAAGGAAACGGGCAUGCACGGGCACAGCUGGGGCGCUAGCCUAUCUCAUCCUUUACGUCAGCACUUCACUGUCUGAGGAAACAUGGUGAGCAAGGAGGGUGGCAAGUGCUUGCUCACCAACUCUGAGUCUGACUCAGAGGCAGCGCCCUUGCCCUCCACCUCGCUGGCGCUGGAGGUGAAGUAUUCCCUGGAAGCGAGUCGACAGGUGAGGAAGAGAAACAAGGCCCUGCAAGUGCGCUUCAAGGACAUCUGCGAGGCACAGAACGAGCAAAGGGAGGCAGAGCUGCAGGCGGCGGGGAAGGGCGGCAAGCCGUUGUCGUAUAAGGUGGCUUACCGCAAGUACAUGACCGUCCCUGCCCGUAGAUCCAUCCCUAACGUCACAAAGAGCACAGGCGUCCAGACGUCCCCUGAUCUAAAGAAACGCUACCAGACCUUCCCAUUUGAGCGCAAAAAAGGACACACAUUUAAACAUGUGGCAGCGGUGGAAACGUAUAAAGGUCAGAAUAACGGGUUUGUUAUGGAGGUAAAGCAAUCCAAAGCGACUGAGCAGGGUUUAAAUGAGGAGGAAGAAAGAGCCAGUAGGGGGAGUGGAGUCCUGAGGACCAGGGCUCUCCUCCAUACUAAUGAGUGUAUCGCCACAGUGGAGCAGCACAGUGCACCGGAUGGCCUGUGCUCUGACGCUCUACUGCUCAGUUGCACUGCAGACACACCAAGAAGAAGCGGAGCCGGUGCACAAACAAAGUACCGGCUUUGUAGUGUCCCGUCUGAAGGUGGAACUGGAUUACAACACAGGGGGGCUGAUGUGGACAUUGUGGCCAAGAGACAACUGCUCAGUCUGGAAGAGGGCUCUUCCCAAACACUCCCGGACAGGACCUCCAAGGUUACAGGCCCCAUCGCAUGGAACUCUUUAACGCAAGUGGAGUGCUUGGAUAGUCCAUCUGUGCAAAACAAACGAAAAAAAGGCCUCCAGCUCAACGGGCUGUCGAGUGAGACAUUACCACGAUCCAGCGGAGGGUGUACAACAAAGGCACAGUGCCACACAGGACAGAUAUCUGCCCAGCCUUUACGGGGCAUGGAGGAACCUCUGUGGCCCUCUGUAAGCGCCGUGGCUGUUGGGACACCACCCAACCAAACACAGGAAUCCUGUAAGCAAAUAGUGCCUGUGAAUCAGGACAGGGAUGUAAAAGCACAGCUCCAAGUCAUGGAAAACCUCAUCAGCUCCAGCCAGGAGACCAUCAAGGUGCUGCUUGGGGUCAUCCAGGAACUAGAAAAGGGAGAAGCCCACCGUGAAGGACUCUCCUAUCGAACUGGACAGGACACGGCCAACUGUGACACAUGCCGGAACAGUGCAUGCAUUAUUUACAGUGUGGAACUGGACUUCAAGCUGCAGGAGGACAAGCUACAGCCACUAAUGAAGAGGCUUUGCCCUACAGAGGAUACUCACUUCCCUCCCCUGCCUUACCCCCAGGAGGCCUUCACCUCCACCCCUAAACGAAAGUCCAAGUCUGAGUCCAAGAAGCACGCACGCUGGAAACUUUGGUUCCUGUGAGAACGACGUGGCAGCCUUCCACCCCUGCAGCCGACAAAGAGG